CGUCGUCGCCAUUUUCCCUUCCCUCCUUCCCUCCAGGAGUGAAGUGAGAACCGCGCCGCCAUGUUGAUGAGCGGAAGCCGGCUCCCCUUGCUCUCCUCUUCCGCAUCCUCCUCCGCCAUUCGAAGACUCUUUUCCCCUCCUUCUUCUUCUUCUUCUUCUUCUUCUUCUUCUUCUUCUUCUUCCGUCCGACGCCGCAGCCUCCUCUCCCCGCUCCUCUAUUUCCCCUCGCGUCGCCGCCGCUGCUUCUCCUCCACCUCUAAAGCGACCACCCAAACCCAAACCCAAACCCAAACCCUAACCCUAUCCCAAGCGGGCUGAUAUGGGCCUAAUCUGCAAGUGGGCUGGGCUCCUGCGAAGUUAGCGGAUCGGGUUCUACCCGUUAGUUGCCCAUUCACUCUACAGUGCGCCCGCUCCAAUAAACUUAUAAUAAUGUUUACUUACCUACUACGCCAGACUGAUAUAGAUCCUGGCGGAUCAUUACUUCAACCCUGAUCUUCUCAUCUCCUUCCCUCUUUCUCCACUUCCUCUUUGCCACUGCUCUCGCCUCCUCCGCCCUCUCUCCGCCGUUGUUGUCUGGGAUCGGGCAAUGUGGAGGCUCAAGAUUGCAGAGGGCGGGAGCCCGUGGCUACGGACGACGAACAACCACGUGGGGAGGCAGGUGUGGGAGUAUGAUCCCGAUCUCGGCACUCCCGAGGAGAUCGCGGAGGUCGAGAAGGCCCGCGAGGCCUUCCGCAAGAAUCGAUUCAAGAUGAAGCACAGCUCCGAUCUACUCAUGCGAUUGCAGUAUGCUAAGUUGAAUCCUCUGGAGCUGAACCUCCCGAUUAUCAAGCUCGAAGACCACGAAGAUGCUUCAGAGGAAGUCGUAUUGAGCUCCCUAAGAAGGGCUAUCGGCCGUUAUUCUACUCUCCAAACACACGAUGGACACUGGGCGGGUGAUUAUGGUGGCCCUAUGUUCCUCAUGCCUGGCUUGAUAAUAGUUUUGCAUAUCACUGGUGCAAUAAAUACCGCCUUAUCUUCAGAACACCAGUGGGAGAUCCGCCGUUAUCUUUACAACCAUCAGAACGAAGAUGGAGGUUGGGGUCUGCACAUUGAGGGCCCUAGCACCAUGUUUGGUUCAACUUUGACAUAUGUAACAUUAAGACUGCUUGGCGAAGCGGCAGACGGCGGUGAUGGGGCGAUGGAGAAAGCGAGGAAAUGGAUUUUAGACCAUGGUGGUGCAACUUUUAUAACAUCAUGGGGGAAGAUGUGGCUCUCUGUACUUGGAGUAUUUGACUGGUCUGGCAAUAAUCCAUUACCCCCAGAAAUAUGGUUACUCCCAUAUAUUCUGCCGAUUCAUCCAGGAAGAAUGUGGUGUCACUGUCGGAUGGUUUAUUUGCCAAUGUCUUACAUUUACGGAAAGAGGUUUAUUGGUCCAAUUACACCAACAGUACUGUCACUCAGAAAGGAGCUAUAUAAUCUUCCCUACGACCAGAUUGAUUGGAAUAAGGCUCGUAAUGAAUGUGCAAAGGAAGAUCUAUACUACCCCCAUCCUCUGGUACAGGAUAUUCUUUGGGCUACUCUUCAUAAGUUUGUCGAACCUGUUCUGAUGCAUCGGCCUGGUAGCAAGUUGAGACAGAAAGCUCUAGACACCGCCAUCCAACAUAUUCACUAUGAAGAUGAAAAUACCCGAUAUGUCUGCAUUGGUCCUGUUAACAAGGUACUAAAUAUGCUUUGCUGCUGGAUAGAAGAUCCAAACUCAGAGGCAUUCAAACUGCACAUUCCAAGAAUCUUUGAUUACUUGUGGCUUGCAGAAGAUGGCAUGAAAAUGCAGGGAUACAAUGGCAGCCAAUUGUGGGACACUGCUUUCACUGCUCAAGCAAUUGUCGCAACUAACCUUAUUGGAGAAUAUGGUCCUACUCUUAAGCUGGCUCAUGAAUACAUAAAAAAUACACAGGUUCGUGAUGACUGCCCGGGUGAUCUGAAUUACUGGUACCGUCACAUAUCCAAAGGUGCAUGGCCCUUUUCAACUGCUGAUCAUGGAUGGCCUAUAUCAGAUUGCACUGCAGAAGGACUUAAGGCCUCGCUGUUAUUGUCCAAGAUUUCUCCAGAAAUUGUUGGCGACCCGGUGGAAGCAAGAAAACUAUACGAUGCUGUCAAUGUCAUUCUAUCCCUGAUGAAUGAGAAUGGUGGUUUUGCAACAUAUGAAUUAACAAGAUCUUAUGCCUGGAUGGAGCUUAUCAAUCCUGCUGAAACCUUUGGCGACAUUGUCAUUGAUUAUCCAUAUGUUGAAUGUACUUCAGCGGCAAUUCAGGCUUUGAUAUCAUUCAGAAGGUUAUACCCUGGACAUCGAAAGGAAGAGAUAGAUAGUUGCAUAAAAAAAGCCACUGAUUUCGUCGAAAAGAUUCAAGAACCUAACGGCUCAUGGUAUGGUUCUUGGGCUGUUUGCUUCACAUAUGGCACAUGGUUUGGAGUGAAGGGAUUAAUUGCUACAGGAAGGACUUAUGAGAACAGCUCUUGCAUCCGAAAAGCAUGUGACUUCUUGCUGUCAAAAGAACUGCCUUCAGGUGGUUGGGGAGAGAGCUAUCUUUCAUGUCAAGAUAAGGUGUAUACAAAUCUUGAGGGCAACCGACCUCAUGCAGUCAACACCGGAUGGGCCAUGUUAGCAUUGAUUGAUGCUGGACAGGCUGAGAGAGAUCCAAAGCCGUUGCACCGAGCAGCGAAGGUUUUGAUCAACUUACAAAUGGAGAAUGGCGAGUUUCCUCAACAAGAAAUAAUGGGAGUAUUCAACAGAAAUUGCAUGAUCAGUUAUUCGCAAUACCGGAACAUUUUUCCUAUAUGGGCUCUUGGUGAAUACCGUUGCCGUGUGCUGCUUGCGAAUAAGAACAAGUGAAUGAGGUUUGCAUCUCUGCAUUUACAUUGAGAUCAGAAUGUUCGCCAUUUCGCCUUGCUUAAGGCUACUUGGCUAACACCAAGAGGAAAAUGGUAUUAGGACGAUUCUCUAUUCUAAAGAUAUUUUCGAUAAAAAACCAUGUGGUCUAAUGAUCUGAAGAGAAUCUCGUGUUCAAUAGGUUGUUUGUUGGGUAUCUCUUGUAUUUCUGAUCAGACAAAAUGUUGUUCCUUGAAUUGUAUGCUCAGAACUUUUUGUUAGUUUAGAGGGCUCGAUCCUGAUAAAUUAUUGGGACAAUUUAGUUGGGAAGAUAAUGAAUGGUUUGAAUAGCCAUUUGGCUGAAGAUAGUGGCAGGUUAAAACGUAACAAAUAUAUAUUUUGGUCCUCUGCUACUGUUUAUCUGGAGGCACACCAAGUUACA